UCUUGAUUACAUCGAAUCCCUAGCAUUACAAGUUUAACAAAGUUUGCACAAAUCAAAUGUGUGCUCUUUCCAUUAUUUUCUUUUUCCCCUUCAAUUUUCUGUAAUCAUCAUCUUCUAAUGAAGAAUGGGCACACAAAAUAUGUGAUCCUAUAUGUUUGGUAACAACACCAUACUUGUGUUUAAGUUGUUAAUUAGCAGUUAACUCAUUGAAACAAUGCUCUUAUUCCAACUGACAAGAAAGAAUUGCUUACUGUAUAAAAGAAAACUAUCACAUUGUUCUAUGUACCGGCCUAUUUCUUUGUCCCUCUCUAUAGUUUUCAAAGUAGAAGAAAAGAGAAAAGCUCAACAGCUCUCCCUUUAAUUUCUCAAAAUGGUCGAAUUGUUUCUUGUAGUAUUGUUAUUGCUACAACCUUAUUUAACCACAUCCAAUUUCGCAUCCUAUCAUGAAACCAAGAAAAGUAGGAUUGUUAUAAAAAUGAUCCGUUAUGAAUCAAUCAAUCAAGUCGCCUUUUUAUAAUCCAAAACUCACACUUGAAGACCGUGUGAGAAAAAUGAACCAAAGAUCAAAAGCUCGCAUUUCAGAUCUGAUGGUUGUUGUCUCAAAUGUAAUGAUAAAAGAUGUCGUUGAAGUUCAAAUUUACCCAGUUUAUGGCGCUCAGUUUCUUAUUCCAUUAAAGAAUGGCACACCUCCAGUGCCACAAAUUCUUAUCAUGGACACAGGCAGUUUCUUACUUUGGGUCCAUUGUGGGUUCACCAUUGGCGGUGAAGCCUCACCAGCUCCGUUAUACCAGAAUGCAGAUUCUUCAUCGUAUGUUGAAGAUGUGUAUUGUGAGACAUCUAUGCGUGAUUUUAUGACUCUUAAAGGCACAUGUGGUUUCUCCAGGAGAUGUGACUAUACCUUAAACUAUGUGAAAGGUAAGUCUCAGGGACAUCUUGCUUCUGAAGUCGUGACAUUUCAAUCAAAAAAUGGAAGCGAAGAGACCAUCAAACGUCUUGUUUUCGGAUGCUCAAGUAUUUCUCUAGGUGCAGAUGGUUGCAGUGGAGUUCUUGGACUUGGACAGCGACCUGUUUCAUUGGUUUCUCAACAAAAUUACACUGGAUUUUCAUAUUGUAUUGGUAAUAUAAGUGAUGUGAAUUAUGACUCAAACGCGCUGGUUUUGGGAGACAAGCCUAUAAUUGAAGAAAAUUCCACUCCGAUGUUUAUGGUUCUGGGAAAAUACUAUAUAAAUUUAGAAAGAAUCAGUGUCGGGGACAAGUUUCUUGACAUCGACCCAAGUAUAUUCAAGAGGAUCGAUUACAAUGGUGGAAUGCUUGUCGACAGUGGAGCAACUUCAACUUACUUACCUGAGAUAGCAUUCAAGAAAUUGAAGGAGGAAAUUAAAUCUGUGGUAGGUACAACGUUGAAAGAAGUUGCCAAAGGUCCGGAACAACUCUGCUACAAUGGAAAUUUCAACCACGAUCUUCAACACUUGCCAAAGAUAACAUUACAUUUUGCUGAAAAUGCAGAUAUGGAGCUGACAGCUGAAAAAUUGUUUCACAAGGCAAGAAAUGACCAUUUCUGCCUGUCGGUAAAAAUAUCUGAAACAGAAAGGCUUCCUUUUAGCAUACUGGGUGUUUGGGCACAACAAUAUUUUUAUAUCAGCUUUGACUUUGACAGCAUGAGGCUAUCAUUCACUAGGAUAGAUUGUGACUUUCUCUUUGAUUGA